AUGAGAUUCCAGUACCUUGCUCUCCUCGCGGCUGCGACUGGAUUCGCAGCGGCGGCCCCUGCCAAAGGCCAUGCGAAGAGAGCUUCUCCUUUCCGAUGGUUCGGAUCAAACGAGGCUGGCGCAGAGUUUGGCGAGUCCAAUCUCCCUGGUGUCUGGGGCACCGAUUAUAUCUUCCCCGACCCUAGUACCAUCCAGACCCUGAUCGGGAAAGGCAUGAACAUCUUCCGGAAUCUGACGUCGGUAAGUAAAGAGGCCUUUUGGAAGACAGUGGUCGGGGAGUUCAAAUCGAAUAAGCGGGUGAUCUUCGACACGAACAACGAGUACCACGACAUGGACCAAGACCUGGUCCUGCGCCUUAACCAAGCAGCCAUCGACGGCAUCCGCGGCGCUGGCGCAACCACGCAGUAUAUCUUCGUCGAGGGCAACUCGUGGAGCGGCGCCUGGACAUGGAAAGACAUCAACGACAACAUGAAAGACCUGACGCACCCGCAGGACAAGAUCGUCUACGAGAUGCACCAGUAUCUUGACUCGGACGGGUCCGGCACCAACGAGGCCUGCGUCUCGACGACUAUCGGCGCAGAGCGCGUGGCGGGCGCGACGCAGUGGCUCAAGGAUAAUGGUAAAGUGGGGAUCCUGGGCGAGUUUGCCGGGGUGGUCAAUGACCAGUGCAAGACUGCUAUUACGGGCAUGCUGGAUUAUUUGGCUGGUCAGACGGAGGUCUGGCUGGGGGGGGGGGGUGUUGUGGUGGGCAGCUGGGCCGUGGUGGGGCGAUUAUAUGUUUAG